GAUCUGUCUCACUUUCUACCGAAGAGCCUCAAUUUAAAUCGCAACCCCCAUCCAAAUUCCUAAUUUCCUACUUGAAUCUAGAAGAGAGAGAAAUCGAUCCUGGGCCUAUGAACCUAAAUUGAAUCAGCUCCAUAUCAUGUUGCCCGGCCGCGCCAAAGUCGCCCAACACCUCUGCCGGCCGGCGAUAUUCCCGAAGCAAAACACGCAAAUAUGUCGAAUGCCCAUAACAACUACGACGCCAUCUUCCAACUUAUUGCUUCUCCCACUAAGCAAAUAUAGACUCUUCACGACGUCUCCACCAUCUUUUGCCACCACCGACCAAUCCAAAACCCAAGGCCCCAUAGGCAAUCCUGCAACAGCCCCGAUACCCCCAGAACAACAACCCGAACAACCUGAACAACCCCCAACAACCGAACCAACCCCCGUAGACCAACCGCAAACCCCACACCGCCGCCGCUCCCGCGCAAUCUACUACAGCGCCGUCUUCCUCCUCGCCGGCCUCUCCUUCGGCACCCUCCUCCGCCUAACCCUCUCCCCACCCCCCCUGCCCGCCCCCGGAUCCCCCGAAGACCUCUACCUAAUCUCCAAGAUCCAAGCGCGAGGCUCCCACCUCCCCCUCGUGCGCGCCCUCUCAUCCGACCCAGCCUGGACAAGCUGGGACGCGUACUCCGGCCUCGAGGCCGCCGUGUCCACACACACGCAACCGAUAUCCGUCGUGCGCUCGCGCAUAACCUCCGGCCCCCUAUCCGGCUCCAACGGCCUCGCCUUCCAGCGGAUCUUCCACAACAGCUCCACCGGGGAGGUCGUGAGCGUCGUGUACUUUGGCCCUUCGACGGCGGGGUGGCCCGGGAUCGUGCACGGCGGGGCCCUGGCCACGGUCCUGGACGAGAGCCUGGGCCGGUGCGCGAUCCUGCAGUUCCCCGCGCGCACCGGCGUCACCGCCCGCCUCGAGCUGACCUACCGCUCCCCGACCAUCACGAGCGACUUCUACGUCGUGCGCACCCGCCCUAUAGUUCGUGAGGGCGAGAUCGACCCGGCCAAGACCGCCCGCAAGAUGUGGGUCGAGGGCACCUUGGAGACCGAGCACGGCCGGGUCUGCGUCGAGGCAAAGGCUCUGUUUGUUGUGCCUAAGGGAGUCAAGCUAAAACCCCUCGUAGAAGGGUUUUAAAAGUAAAAGGCGGAGGCUCUACAUAACUGCAUGUAUUGAUGGCAAAGUAGAAACCCAAGGGCCAUUGGGUGUCUUGGGUGCCUUUGUUGCAAUGAAUAUGGCAUUUUUAGAAGGCGUUGGUAGCAUUAUUGAAUCAUAGAGUACGAUACCAAACGUAUACAAUAAUGAAGCUAUCACGGUUAUCCGUACCUUUACACAUACAUGCUUAGAUACCUAGGUAUUUAAGUAAAUAGAUAUAUAUGACCGUACCAAGCUUCAGACUAAAUAUUUCCU